UUGUUCUCCAUUCUUUGUUCUUAUCUUUCACAGACAACUUACUACGUUCGUCGAUUAAAAUAUAAAGCUCAGUAUUGACGUGAUAUUCUUGUACGAUAAUUACACUUCAAAGAGUUGAUAUGUAUAAACUUCUUGCGUUGACGUUUCUGGCAGCCAUUGCCAUUGUUCUGAGCUACAAGUGUCACGUGACAGAUGGGGAUGGACAAAUACAUUGUGGAGAUAUAAACAACAUGACCUGCAAAGAUGUCAACUAUACCCCUUUCUGUCUCCAAAUUGACGAUAACCCGAAUGUGAACAUGAAUGGCGUCUGUUCUUGUCAAGAGUUCUGUAUAACUACAGACGAUUGCAGCAGAGGUUGUGGGUCGUCAGGACGUUAUAUCCCAAAAUGUGUGGAAGCAUACCAUCUCAGUAUAGAAAGAUUCUGUGUUUGCAUCAGAAGGUCAAACUGAAGGCGAAACGAGCAUAUGAGAAUAAUUUCUGAUACAAAUUUGACAAAACUUGAAUAAAUAUACCCAAGUAG